AUGGCUGCGACAAACCGUCUUCGCCUCCUACUACCUCUCCUCGCGCUUCCCUCGCUCCUCCUCUCCUUGUCUCUCCUCGCCGCCGCUUCUCAUGUCGUCGACCUGACGCCUCAUAAUUUCGCCGACUACGUAGGAGGCGAGAAGGCCGUGUUCGUCGAGUUCUACGCGCCAUGGUGCGGGCAUUGCAAGAAGGUGGCGCCCGAGUAUGAGAGGCUUGCAGCAGCUGUCAAGGACGUUGCUGCAUUGACCGUCGGCAAGGUGAACUGCGAGGAGCACAAGGCGCUCUGCGACAAGCACAGCAUCCGCAGCUUCCCCACCUUCAGAUGGUUCCCCGCCCACCAAACCACUCCUGAGAACUUCAAGGGCAGGAGAGACGCAGAUGACUUUAUCAACUUCAUAAAUGAGAAGCUCGGCACGCGUGUGUCUCUGCCCGGCGCCGUGUCCCACGUGGUGGCGCUCAGCACUGACAACUUCAACCACGCUGCUCUCGAUGACUCCCUGCAUGCACUCGUCAUGUUCUACACUCAUGGGUCCCGACAGUCCAAAGGCCUGUUCCCUAUGUAUGAGAAGGUCGCGGCGGCAUUCAGGGCGGAGAGCAGUGUGGUGGUGGGCAAGGUGGACGUGGACCGAUGCCCCGAGCUCAAACUCAAGUACAGCAUCAGCAUGACCCCAGAGCUGAUCUGGUUCCCGAGGCACAACAAGGUGGGGGAGGUGUACCGCAAGGCCCGCUCCGUGCGGGACCUUGUGGCGUUCAUCAACCAGCAGGCCGGCACCCACCGCACCAUCGAUGGCACCCUCUCUCCUGCGUCGGGGCGGCUACCAGCAUUGGAUGACCUAGCAGAGGAGUUCAUGGCAGCAGUGGGGGAGGCACGAGGGGCGGUCAGAGCACGGGCCGAGGCAGAGGCAGCACGGAUGGACGAGGAGGAAAGGAAGCGUGCAAUGGUGUACUGCAAGAUCAUGGGCAGCAUCAUGGAGCAGGGCGAUGGGUACGUGGGCAAGGAGAUGGGCCGGUUCUCACGCCUGCUGCAAGGGUCCCUGUCUCGGGACAAGGCAGACCAGUUCACCACACGGAAAAACAUCCUGCAGGCCUUCUUGCACACAGAGGGGCACCAAGAGCUUUAA